CUACUGCUCACUCCCGCAAAACAAUGUCGACCUCCAUCAAAUCGUCACCGGCAAAACCUUCAAAAGACCGUCACAGAAAAGUUUGCGGUCGAGGCUGCCGUAUCCGCGUGUCAGUAGAAUGUGCUUCACGCAUCUUCCAACUUACCCAACAGCUUGGCCACAAGACGGAUGGCCAGACCGUUGAUUGGCUCCUCCGCCAAGCGCUUCCUUCUACCUUGCCACCCACAACAGCUUCAGAUUGUCAGAGAGGUAAUCAGAUCGGCGGGUUGCCUCUGACGCCUCCGAAUUUGGCUGUGGAGAAUUCUUCGCCGUCUCUUCCCAAUGCUUCGGAUGAUACGGUUUGUGGUUUCCAGAAUUGGUUUUCGGAUGAUGACUUACGACUUUUCGGUUGGGCCGGCACUGCAGAGGAUACAAUGGGGAUGGCUGCAGAGGAUACAAUGGGGAUGGAUUCAGGGGAGGAGCGAAAGAGAAAAAGAGGGAAUUUUACCAUGGAAGUGGAAGAGUGUGUGUCUUUCGAGUCACUCCUAAUGCAACUGGAGAAUGUUUAAUUAUUUAUUCAUGAGACUUUUUUAUUUAUUUAUUUAUUUUUUUUGGUUAAAAUAGCCAAGAAUCACAGUAAGCUUUAUAAGUGGUUUAUUUUCUUUUAUUUUUUAUCUCACUCCACCUACAUAUAUUUAAAUUCAAAAUUUUUUAUUUUCAAUAGAUAUAAUUUUUUUAU